UCACAACAUCCGCCAUAUUUGACCUACAUUUUAAUUACAGGUAGUUUCAAAGUUGAGCGCUAAAGUGUACGAAUUAUGCUUUAAUGUCAAGAUAAAUCAUUGAAUAACAAGAUGGUGAGUAGGCCUAUACUAACGACCUGCUGUUGCUGGGGUUGGGACCUUGAGAAAGGAAGCACAGCUGCUGCGUUCUUCACAAUUAUUGUGUCCAUCCUCGACUUUUGCAUAGGGAUAUGGGGCCUUGCCACAUUACAUGGUUUACUCAAUGAACUAAAGCCAAAUGAAAUAGAAAACUUUUUUCCUCCAGCAAUAAUGGUGUUUGUGUACCUGCGGUUUUUCCUGUCGUUAGCUGCAAUUAUAUUUGCCAUCUCACUGCUCAUAGGCAUCAACAAUCGUUACCAAGGAAAGAAAUAUAUCUGGACAUGGAUAAUUGGUAUGCUGGUGCAUCGUGGGAUUGAAAUAUUUGGAGGAUGUUACGCUUUAGGGUGGCUGGGAAGGCAUAGACUUUCUGAGUUGGUGUUCAUGCAUUCUGAGCUGAUAAUUUUGUUGGCCUACUGGGUUUUCUGCUUAAUUGUACAGCUUGCCAGCCAUUUGUGUGUGGUGUCAUUCUGGCAAGAUCUGGACUGGGAUGUAAAUGGUAAAGAGAAGCAAGUUAUGGACCUACUGAUGUACGCAGACUACAGGGAACAAUGGAUGAUAGAGAACAAGGCUUAUACAAUGUCUUAUGCUCAGUCGCAAAUGUCAAUGUCGGUAGCGCCACAGCACCCGUCAUCACAAGACUUCGGGCAUGGUAUGGUGCACGGAGCUUCGAGAGGCAGCCGGGGAAGCAGGAAUGAUGCUUUUAUAUAGACAUUAACAUCAUCAGGUUUUAGACAUUGAGAUUUAGUGAAGUGACGGGAGACAUGGACAUUGUAGCUUUAUUGCAUACACCUUUCUAUCAGUAGAUAAAAAAAUUUGGAGGUCAUGACAAGAUUCUCACUUUAAUACCAUAUCAUUCCUUUCAAGUCAAAAUGAACACAUUUUUUAUUCAAAUAUUAUCAGAAUUUUGUAUUAUGUUAAAGGAGAUGCUAUUGACAUUUCUCAAUUUGACUAAAAGAUCUGAUCAUAUCAUAAUACAUAUUGAUAUUUUAUAUUGCUUUAUAUUUUGGAGAGCUCUUUACUCGAGUAAAGUAUAAGAAAAAGAUCUGAUCACAUGCAUUUUAUUCAAUAUACUUAUUUACAAUAAUAUCUUUAUUUAUUGAAAACAUUCCCUGUUUUUAAAGAUAUCAAAGCAUGUUCAUACCACACAAAAGAACAAAAUUAUAAUUUAAAUUUCAAAAUGUACUUUUUUAUUCAAUAUUAGGUGCAACAUAUACAUACAAUAUGCUUUUAGUAUUUUUAGACUAGUAACGAUG